AUGACCACGGGUCACGUCUAUAUUACUCGCCAUGUUGAAUUUCAUGAAAAUGUUUUUCCUUUUUCUACCUCUUCAUCUGUUCCUCCUCAAUCUUUAUCUCAUCUUCAUUCUUUCUUUUGGCCUAAAUCUACUCCUGCUCCAACUUCCUCUCGAUCUGCUGUUGCUACUCUUCCUCCUUGUUCACCAGCAGCCUCUUUGCCUUCUUCUUCUGGAGCUCCUCCUUUCUGUUCUUCUCACAGACCUCUUGUUGUUCCUUCCUCCGUUCCUCAACCAUGUUCCUCACCAGCUCCUCUGUCUGCAUCCUCUCCAGCUCCUCUGGUUUGUUCUGCUCCCAGCACUGCUGCUGUUCUUUCUCCAGUUUCUCAGCCCUUUUCUGCUGUCCAACUGCCUGCUCCACCAUCUUCUCACCCUAUUCCAAUUGAUUCUCUUUUUAUUCAUUUACCUCCUUUACCUUCUUCUACUAAUUCUCAUCCUAUGCUUACCAGAUCUAAAACUAAGGGUCUUGUCGCUUGUACUACUCCUUCCUUUUCAGAUAUUGAACCUGCCUCUCAUCACCAAGCUCUUGCUUCCCCUCUGUGGCAUUCAGCUAUGCUUGAAGAAUAUAAUGCCUUACUUGCUCAAGGUACUUGGUCUCUUGUCCCUCUUCCUUCUACUAAGAAGGCUAUUGGUUGUAAGUGGGUUUUUCGAAUCAAACGCAAUAGUGAUGGUUCUAUUGCCCGAUAUAAAGCUCGGUUGGUUGCUAAGGGAUUUUUACAGCAAGAGGGCCUUGAUUAUACUGAAACUUUUAGCCCUGUGGCUAAACAUCCCACUAUCCGGGUUUUGCUUUGUAUGGCUUUACAUUAUCAUUGGCCAUUUAAGGAACUUUUCUUUAUUCAAGAACUGCUGUCCAUUUUUCUUGCUUUUCUCCCACUUUUGCAGGUACUACUAUUUGGGACUUUCACUGAGGAUGAAACCAGGUCAUGGCUCAAACAGUCAUCUGAAAAGACUGACAAGCAUGUGGAAAAGAAAGAAUUGGAAGUUGGUUCUUCAAAUGUUGUGACUGGAUUAUCUUUUGGUGGUUUCAAUGGUGAACCAAGCAGACAGCUGGAUUCUUCAAGAGGGCCAAUAGGUUCUAAUCCUUCUGAUAUUCACAAGGACAAUAAGGGCAACAGUGCUAAAACAACAAACAAUCUCUUGCCAGUAGCUUCAGAAAGUUCAAAUGAAAAUGGAGUCAUCCAGAAAUUUGAUCAUUCUCAUCCCCUUAGUAAUGGGAAUGAAGAAUCGAGAAUAGCAGAUAAUGUUGAUAUAAUUUCUUUGCAUGUAUCGGAUAGUGAAGGUGGUUCACCAAACCAAUCACCUUUCUCAAAACUGCAAGCUCUUGAUGGUGAAAUUUCAAGGGAUGUAAAUUUAAGUGGGACUAAUUCAUCAGCUGCAGUGCCUUUUGAAGAGUUUACCCGACAGGCCUCUAAUGGGCCUGUCAUAACUGUUAAGGACUUGCUACCCCGAGGCUUAAUCAACUCAGGAAAUUUGUGCUUUCUAAAUGCAACUCUGCAGGCUCUUCUGUCAUGUUCUCCUUUUAUUCAACUCCUGCAAGGACUAAGAAGUCGCAACAUUUCCAAGGUUGGCUACCCUACACUAGCUGCAUUUGCCGAGUUUGUUGCUGACUUUGAUUUGCCUGAGGAUGCAAGCUUGAAGAAGAGAGAUAUUACUGUACUUGAAACUGGUAGGCCUUUCAGCCCCACCAUCUUUGAAGGGGUGCUAAAAAAUUUUACUCCUGAUGUGCCUAAUAGCUUUUCAGGCCGGCCAAGGCAGGAAGAUGCACAGGAAUUUCUAAGUUUUGUCAUGGAUCAAAUGCAUGAUGAAUUACUUAAGCUUGAAGGGCAAUUAUCAAGCUCAAAUGGGGGAAACUCAUCUCUGGUUUCUUCUGUAGAAGAUGAUGAAUGGGAAACCGUUGGCCCAAAGAACAAAUCUGCAGUCACAAGAACACAGAAUUUUGUUCCUUCAGAGCUGAGUGCAAUUUUUGGAGGGCAACUGAGAAGUGUUGUGAAGGCAAGAGGAAGUAAAGCCUCUGCUACUGUUCAACCAUUUCUUUUGCUUCAUCUUGAUAUUUCCCAUGAAGCUGUCCAUACUAUUGACGAUGCUCUUCAUCAAUUUUCUGCACCAGAAACACUUGAGGAGUACCGAACAUCAACGAUUGGACAGGCUGGAGUUGUGACUGCCAGAAAAUCCGUAAGCAUACAAUCACUCCCAAAGAUAUUGAUAUUGCACCUGAUGCGUUUCAGCUAUGGAAACCAUGGAAGCACUAAACUGCACAAACCUGUUCGCUUUCCUCUUGAAUUGGUGCUAGGUCGUGAAUUGCUUGUUUCUCCAUCGACUGAGGGCCGCAGAUAUGAGCUUGUUUCUACUAUAACCCACCAUGGAAGGCAAGCAUCAAAGGGGCAUUAUACUGCUGAUGCCCGUUACUCUAAUUGCCAGUGGUUACGGUUUGAUGAUGCAUCUGUCAAUCCCAUUGGCUUGAACAAGGUGUUGCAUGACCAGGCGUAUGUUCUCUUCUAUAAACAAGUCUUGGGUUAACUAAGGAGUUUCAUCCCCAGUUGCUGCACCCUACAAUUGCAUUCACUUUUCACUUUAAUUGUGGAGAUUAUUUAUUUGAUUGCCACUUACUAGCUACUGAAGUCCAGAUCUGGCAGAAGAAUGGAUCAUUCUGUGAUUGAAGAUGUAUAUGAAAAUUCAUGUACAUGAUUUUAUUGGAAGCAAGAGAGUGAGGAAGUUUAAUGUUGCAAUUACACUGGGACUUGAGGGUUGACAUCUUCUAUAGUGAGGUUGGAAAGAUAAUUGUGCUCAUUAAUUUUGAUUCUUAUUCUUAUAUAACUGUUUAAGACACUUUGGCCAUGUAAUUUUCCCCAGGCAGUGGCAAGCUAAAUUUACUUAUUAGUGUCAGCAAUGCAUUAAUGGAUGGAUGAAGGAACUUUUCUGUUACUGUGAUUCUAAAGAUGUGAUUUGAUUUUGGA